CCUUUGGUUUGAAUCUGAGUUUCAAGUUGGUCUCCUUAUUGUCCAAGGGAAAGGAUAGCCAGGUGGCAAGAAGACACUUCUAACUAUGAGCUGGAUGGGACAUCAUUUCUCCAGAUGGUGCAAGGACAUUUCCGUGCUCAGUUCACACUUACCACUCUUCUCACCCAUGCCCUCUGAAGAUGAGCAUUUAAUCUCGAACUUGAGGAGCCAUGUGCCAGCUCGUGUCGUGGUGAAACAGCCGAUCCGUGGAGCCAUUGGUAGGACCACAGUUGCAGCCAUUGUUCAGACUGGUGGGGACUGGAGCACCGGACUCUUCAGUGUCUGCAGAGACAGAAAAAUCUGUUUCUGGGGUCUGCUUUGUCCCAUGUGUCUUGAGUGUGACAUUGCCAGGCAUUACGGAGAGUGUCUUUGUUGGCCACUGUUACCAGGGUCUACCUUUGCACUGAGAAUUGGCACCAGAGAAAGACAUAGGAUACAGGGGACCCUCUGUGAAGACUGUGUGGUGGUGCAUUGCUGCUGGCCUUUCUCCAUCUGUCAGGUGGCCCGAGAACUCAAGAUGAGAACUUCUCAACUCUACGAAAUCUGUGAAGUCCCUGAACUCAAGAACACCCUGGUCUGAUAACUCCUCCCUGUCACCCUCCCCCUCACUCUUCCUACACCUUCCUCCCAAAGCUACCUCAGAAAGACUGUUCUUUUGUUUGCUUGUUUUGUUUCCCAUAGGUAUUCACUGGACUAGGAGAAUAAAUGGUUUGCCCACUAGUGU